GGGGCCAUGAAUGGACAAGUCAAGCAGUGUGAACGACGCCACUCUUGGGACGUGCUGGUGUGUGACGACUUUGUCACUGUGUGUUUCGAACGGCGAGAUAAGGAGCAGCUACUUUCUUUUAGCCAAUGGUGCAUCGCUCCGCUUUGGACGGUACCUUUGGACUUUUAGCCAAGAUUACUCCGCUGAAGGGAGCACCUGUUCGUGUGUCCGCUGUUAGCUGAGGCGCAGGCCAGCGGUAGAGAGUGGAUGACUUCGGUGGAUGAAGGUCUGUCUGGAUCCAAGAGGGGGGCCGCUGACCGUGGACCUCCCUCUUUAGGAAGCGAGGGCAGCGAGGAGGAGCGUCUCCCUCCGAUCAUCAUGUGUACACGGGCCCAUCCUGACAUCGUCCCCAACAGCCCACUGUUCCCCGGAGACGUGGAGGAGGACGAGGGCAAGGAGAGAGACUCCGAUAGAGACAGUGCUGUGGAGAGCACCCAAGGGUCUGACACUUCAGAGGGGCCAACCAGACUGGGGUACAAGGAAGACAUCUUGGGGGAUCUCUUCUUCCCCUCUGAGAAGACAAGCGGCACGAGCAACUCCGUCACCUCAGACCUGUCAACACGUUCCUCAGCUUCUUUGAACGAAGAGCAGUUCGAGGACUACGGUGAAGUGGAGGAGCCCGACUACGCUCCCAGCAGCCCCUAUCCAGAAGACGAGAGCCGUACCAACGGAUACUCUGAUCUUGGAUCUUCUGUGCCUUCGAGUGCGGGCCAGACUCCACGUAAAGUGCAACAACAUUACCCUGCAGAGAUGAUGGAUGUCUACUGUUGUCAGUGCAGCAAAAAGGUCAACCUGCUCACUGACCUGGAGGCUCGUCUCAAAAACCUCAAGGCUAACAGCCCUAACAGGAAAAUCUCCAGCACAGCAUUUGGAAGGCAGUUGCUCCACAACAGCAACUUGAGUAGCAGCAAUGGCAGCACGGAGGACCUUUUCCGAGAUAGCAUCGACUCCUGUGACAUCGACAUCAAUGAGAAGGUAACUUCCUUGGAGAAGAAGGUUGCAGAACUGGAGAAUGAAAUUUCAAUGAACGAUGAUCUGAAGUCUAAGCUGAAGCAGGACAACACUCAUCUAGUACACCGGGUUAAUGAACUUGAGGAACAGCUGAAAGACCAGGAGACACGGGAGAACCAAAAUCUACAGGGGGAGCUGAGGCGACAUCGAGAGACCUUCAGCAAGAUGGAGAGAGACAAAACCACACAGAUUGAGCUGCUCAACAACCGAGUUAAGCAGCUGGAGGAUGAGAAAAAUGAGAUGCAUAUUAACAUGAGCAGACUGAAGACACAGACAGAGAAACUGGAUGAGGAGAAGCAAAGGAUGACAGAUAAACUGGAGGACACCAGCUUGCGCCUGAAGGAUGAAAUGGACCUGUACAGAAAAAUGAUGGACAAACUGAGACAAAACAGGCAGCAGUUCCAGGAAGAGAAACAGGCCAUGCAGGAGCUGAUGGAGGACCUGCGGCGAGAGUUGGAGCACUUGCAGCUCUUCAAACUGGAGGCCGAAAAGCCCGGACGCGGCCGCAGCUCUUCUUCUGGUCUGGCUGACUACAACAACAGGACCAGGGAGGUGGAGCUGGAGUACGAGGUCAAGAGGCUCAAGCAGGAGAACCAGAGACUGAAGGACCAGAAUGAUGAUCUGAACGGCCAAAUUCUCAGUUUGAGCUUGUACGAAGCCAAGAAUUUGUUUGCCACGCAGACCAAGGCCCAGUCGCUGGCUGCCGAGAUAGAUCAUGCCUCCAGGGAUCAGUUAAUGGAAGCCCUGAAGGAACAGGAAGAAAUCAACAUGCGCCUGAGACAGUACAUGGACAAAAUCAUCCUCUCUAUCCUCGAUCACAACCCUUCCAUUUUGGAGAUCAAGGCCUAGCAGCGACUACGUAUAUGGAGUUGGCACAACACUGGAAUAUAGAAAACUGGGACAUCUUCCCCUGUUGUUCAUUCUUUGAAGAACAAUCUUCAAGGGAGUAUGCUGAACUAAAGGGAGUGACUUGAGGGUCACACUACUGUGGCUCUUUAACGUCAUCUGCAUUUUUUUUCUACACUGUCUGUGCUGUGAAGACAUACUUGUUAGUGUCUUGUGCUCGACACACUUUGGAACUGGAAAGUCUAAGCUAGACACGCGCACCCUGGUACAAAAACUUUGGAACUGGAAAGUCUAAGCUAGACACGCGCACGCUGGUACAAAAACUGGAAGAGCCUAUCCCAGCGGACAUGUUUUGCCUAAUAUUAGUUGAAGGACACGAUAGCCUGGUGUAGGCCUAAUUGUAAGCAAUAUGAGAUGCUAGGCAACUAAAACGGCAAGCUGACCCAAAGUUUUAGGCUGAUUUAACAGUAAUCUGUUAUGUAAGUGGAGCAUUUGGAACUGGCAUAUUUGAAAAGCAGGUUGAGAAAAGUGGAAAAAGUGGUCAGACCUAUCAAGGUUACAGCAGAAGGAAAGCAAGUCUUCCCUAAAGACUAUGGUUCACGAUAUGUGGAGUAGGGUUUUGGUGAAGUUGCUUCUUUGCAAAUGAAGGUAAUAUAUUUGUUUACUCUUGAACAUGUCUUCCAGGAACACUGUGUCACUGUUCUGAGUCGGGUUUAUUCAUGCGUCACUUUCGGGAGAGGAAGCCGCCGCCAAGGAGUGUCUUUAAACUGUAACUUACAUGACCGCCCCACGCUUGAAAGGUACACUGCUGUUAGCAAUAAUAAUAAGCUCAGCCAUGUUGCACAGAAAAGUUAUGAUGUAUAAUGUACGGAAUGUGACUUUGUGUUGCCACUGGAAGUGAAAUCAGCUCAGAUAAUGUGCGCAUACAUGGAAGGAGCCUGUACGAAGCAAAUGGUCCUGUGAUACUUUUUAAUAUCAUGAAUGUACAUCUUGAUAUUUCACUUUACAUGUGAGAAGGGACAACAAUGCUGUAUUAUGUACUUAACUAAAACUUGAGUUUUGCUUCCUUGCACAAAACCUUUAGUUUCCCUUUGCAUGGUUCAUACUUUCUCAGUCUGUGCCUUGGGAGGACAAUUUUCAGGUGGAUGUUAUAAGAUGAAUUGAUUAUGGAGGUACAAUGUAUGUCUUAAUCAUUUUUCUGGAUUUGUAAAUGUUGUAAUUACAUAGUGAUCAUUUGUAAA